AUGGCUUCUUGGGGUAGCAAGAGGCGUGAUCAAAACGGUGCUGUUUAUUCCUCUACGACAGAGGAAACAACUUCCAUCAACAAUCAUCUCUCGGUUGUACCAAGUAAGCACCUUCGUGUGUCCACCACUCUUCCUUCCGACGUCAUUCCAGAAAUCUUAUGUAGGCUACCGGUGAAGUUCAUCCUUCAAUUCCGAUGUGUUUGCAAGUCAUGGAAUUCUCUAAUAUCUGAUCCCAAAUUUGUCAAAAAGCAGUUAAAUGUGUCUACUGCUCGAAACAUCCACUUCUUACUCUACGACCACACCCGUUACUUAGGCAAGUACAUUCUCUUAUCUGAACCAAUCGACUCUAUUUUCACAAACAUAACAUCUAACUCCACACGGUUUGAAUAUUCUCCUAACGGUUUCAAUGGAGAUUAUCCUCGGUCCAUUUUACAUGACUUCGUUGGCUCUUGCAACGGCAUCCUUUGUAUUGCAGAUGAUUAUAAAGGCUUGGUUAUACUGUGGAACCCCUCUAUUAGAAAAUUCAAGGAGUUGCCCCUUUUUCAAAAGCCAUAUGUGCGCAAUCAUAUUCACAUGUCGUUUGGCUUCGGUUAUAAUUCUUCAAAGGAUAAUUACAAGGUGGUUGUUGUUCUUGUGUACUUUAUCUACCGGGAUAUCAAAACUGAUAUCAAAACUGAAGUAGAAGUUCAUACUUUGGGUACCAAUUUUUGGAGAAGAAGCACUCAGGAGUAUCCUCUUGGCGGUGCUCCUUUUGAGCGAUCGGGGAAAUUUGUGAGUGGCACUAUUAAUUGGUUGUUCUCAAAAAAAAUAAAAUCGGGUAGGGUAUGUCCAUGCUUUAUUGUUUCUUUUGAUUUGGCAAAGGAGACUUUUCAAAAGAUUUCACCUCCUAGUAUUGGAGGGAUAGAUGUGUGUGACUUGUCGUCUUUGGGUGUUUUAAGGGAUUGCUUGUGCGUGACUUCUGGUGAUGAUAUUUGGAUUAUGAAGGAAUAUGCAAAGCAAGAGUCUUGGACUAAAUUGUUGACUAUUCCUUACAAGCCAGAACCAACUAAUUCUCAUGUACGCGCCAAAGCAGUAUAUAUCUUUGAGGAUGGUCAAGUGCUACUGAAGUUUAUAGGGGGUGUUGACAAAUGUUUGAUUCUUUAUGAUAUCAAGAGAGGUACUUUGAAGUCUACUGAUUUUAGAAAAGUUCCAGAAGUCUGUGUUGAGAGUUUAAUAUCACCAUGUUCUUUUACUAGGAUGUAG